AUGAGGCAUGGGCAUGGGCACUGUCAUACCCCUCCCCCCCCCACCCCCUCCUCCUCCCUCCCCCGCUCGUCCCCUUCCGCCCCCUACCCUGUGCUGGCGCGCCUGGUGGUUGCAGGGCUGGCAGCUCGCGAGGGAUGGGUUCUGCCAUAUCCCUCCUCCUCCCUCCCCCGCCCGUCCCCCUCCGCCCCCCACGCAGCGCUAGCAGGCCUGGUGCAUUUCUGGCAUAUUGGGGGGGGUGACUUCACGCGGUGGACGAACGUGAGCGACGUGUGCACGCUCAACGACCCGCGCAUCACAUGCAACAACACGGCUGUUGUCGCCCUGAGGCUGUCGCAGGCCAACAUUCUGGGCGAGAUGCCAGAUGUCAUCGUCAAUCUCACCUCCCUCACCGCUCUGUACGCCUCCACACCGCACGCCCCCUGGGACUCUCAUUCCUCCCUCCUUUGCAUGCCUCCAUGCCGUUCCCUUUAUGUCCUCCACUCUCUUACUCUCCGCACCCCCAUCGUUCUCCACACCCCCCUCAAUUUCCGCACUUUAUACUCCCUUGCUGACCUGCACUUGUCUUACACAUGUACCGCUUUCCCCUCCGCCCAUGCACCGUCCCCUCAACCCAUGCACCGUCCCCUCCGCCCAUGCACCGUCCCCUCCACCCAUGCACCGUCCCCUCACCAUUCUCGUCAGAGCCACCUUGAAACACCAAGCUCCCUCACUCCGCUCUCUCUCGCCCUCCUCCGCCCUCCUCCGCCCUCAUCCACUCCACCCCCCCCCCCUCCCCCCUUUCCUCCCAGCUAUCUGGACAGCAACCGGUUUUACGGCUCUCUGCCUGCGUCCCUCAGCCGCCUCACCAAUCUCCAACACCUGGAUCUCUCACAGUGCGAGCUCACAAUGGUGCUGCCAGAUGUCAUCGGCAAUCUCACCGCCCUCGUCUCCCUGUAUGCCGUCACUCCCUGCAUUCUCCACACUCCUUUCAUUCUUCACUCCUUUCAUCCUUCACUCCUUUCAUUCUCCACACUCCCUUUUUUUUCUCCACACUCCCUUCAUUCCCCACACUCACUUCAUUCUCCACACCCCUUUCAUUCUCCACACUCCCUUAAUUCUCCACACUCCCUUUGA